AUUAAUUUCUCACCACUCAGCAGCUUUGAAAAUUUUAAAAUGCCUCUUUGAUGGCAACUUAUAUAUCUGCUUAAUGUCCUCUGCAACAUUUCCUGAUAACAUUUUUUUCAGGAAGAAAAACUGAUUUUUAACUUCCCCAAUUGUUUCAUCUUUGAACACCCUACAAAAUAUAAUUCAGUCACUAACCUGAAGCCUAAGGAAGCUAACCAAUAUGGCUGUUCUACGAGUAAGAUUCACUAAAGCCCAGAGGGACAGGCUUGCCCAAGUGCUGUGGUUGCUGAAUUGGAUCUCGGUGGUGACGGGCCUCAUCCUGUUCAGUCUGGGACUUUUCCUAAAAGUGGAGAUCAACAAAAGAAGAGAGCUAAUGGCUAAGCAGGCAGUUCAUUCUGUACCAGAUAUGCUAAUUGCAGUGGGGCUGAUAGCCUGUGUGAUCAAUUUUGUUGGAGGAAAGAUCUGUUAUGACUGCGUAGACACCAACAAGUUCUUGCGCUGGAAGCUUUUGAUGCUCCCUUAUAUAAUUUGCACAUUCUUCUUCACCCUAUGUGUGCUGGUCGGCGCACUAAUGUGCUACACCAUGCAUGGGGAACUGAAGGAAUCCCUAGCACUGGGCCUACAAGAUGCUAUACGCUUCUAUAAAGAUACAGACACACCAGGCCGUUGCUUCCUUAAAAGCACUGUUGACCUGCUGCAGAUCCAGUUCCAAUGUUGCGGUAAUGCAGGCCACAGGGACUGGUUCCAGAUUCAGUGGAUUAGUACUCGCUACCUGGACAUGUCCAAGCGGGAAGUGGUGGACCGUUUACGCAGCAACGUGGAAGGAAAAUACCUGGUUGAUGGAGUACCUUUCAGUUGCUGUAACAUCAACUCACCUCGACCAUGCAUUCAGUAUCAGAUCACCAACAACUCAGCCCACUUUAACUACGAUUACCAGACAGAUGAGCUCAACUUGUGGAAUAAAGGUUGUCACAAGGCUUUGGUGGAAUACUUCACCUACAUAAUGCACUCAAUCGGCCUGAUUGUGCUUCUCAUUUGGCUUUUUGAGCUUUCUGUGCUGACUGGUGUCCGUUACUUGCAAACAGCCUUGGAGAAUGUCCUGCUUCAAGAAGACCCAGAGUCUGAAUCAGAAGGAUGGCUGCUGGAGAACAGCUUUGCAGAGACUGCACGCUCUAGCUUCAACAUCAUAAAAAACCUGGGCAAGGGGAAUCAGAUUGAGGCUGAAAAUGGGGACCCCAAUGUAAACAAGCCAUCAACAGCACACUAUGGUCCUGAUAAUGUACCUCCAAAGCAAAUACCUGUGGUCAGUUAACAUUAUCCCAGUGCAGCUCUUUACAUUUAUCCAAAACUUCAAUAUAAGUCCAAACAGCUUUAUUUAAGACUCACUUUCCAAAUCGUAUUUGAAACAGAGCAACUCAUCACCAGACUUGAUGCUUCAUAAGGAAUUUAUUUACUCUGAUCACACUUCAGUCAUACUGUCAGUGAUUUUGAGAAUGCCUCCACUUCCAUGAUUUCUUCUAUUUUGUAAAUUUUAGAUGCAGCUUUCAUAGCCUUAUCAUCCACAAGUGACGUAGA